AAAGUUAAUUUAUGUUUUGUCUUAAUCCAUUUGAGACUUUGAUUUCUCAGAAUGCGGUUCUAAGUCUGUAUUCAUUUUUCUUUACAGUAAAUAACGUUUUUUUAUAGAAUGUAAUCUGACUGCAUGGAAGAAUCUGAUUUGUAGAAACUAUAGAGUAAAUAUAGCAGUGGCAUGUUUUCCCAGAACAAGCUAGCUGAGAGUGAGCUGUCGGCUCUUAAUAAUCAACCAUUGGACAACGAUAACCCAAAAGUCUGUUUAAUUACAUUAUCUAAUCAUAAGCUUGACUAUGAUCAUAAAUGGUGUAUAUUUAUAUAAUGGAAAUGUUUAUAGAAUACACAUUUUCUUCAUUUAUCAGAGUCUCUGGUGGAGCUUUUGCCGAUAUUUUAUUCACGACAGAUAACUGAAGCUAUUUUGUAUAGUCAUAAUCAAUUAUUAGUGUUGAAAUGACCUGAACAUGAGUCGACAGCACUAAGGUAUCAGAUUGUUGCUAACAUCCAUUUUCAUCCCUUGUUUCUUACAUACAUGCUUUGCAGAUAAAAUGACUUGACACAGUUGUUUAGGGCAUUACAUCACACAGUUAAGUGUCAGGCUAUGAAACUGUGCCAUCUUUUACCACUAGGGGGAGGCAAGAGACUUCCUCAGUGAAAAUUAGCCAAAGCCUCAGAAGAGGAACCUCCUGCUCAAAUGAGAUGUCUUUAGAGUGGCACAGCUAAUGCUUUUGAGCUCAUAAUGCAAACUUAUCAGAGAUGUCUUUCUGUUUGACUCAGGAUGGCUUCACUGCCACCGCUGACAGUCUAUAUAGCCUACACAGCAAUAAGGUUUGUUGUGAUUAGAGUACACCUAACAUCACAUGACAUUACAUCUUGAAUAUCCAGUGUGAAUCACAUAGUUUGUAAUGACACAGUAGGUUUGGAUUUCAAAAUAAGUAUUUAGUGCUCUAAGGACUGCAUCGGCUCAGAUGAUCCACCCUGUGUCCUCAAGAACAUACAUUAUAAAAUAUAUUGCUCUAAUUGUGGUAAAGUAUUUUCUACAAUUCAUACUUUGAUGUAGCACAUUACACAGAAUAAUGCAACCUGCAAUUUUGAAACUUUGGUUUAGUUUACAAAUGUUUCUUAACAGGAAGAGCUAUCGUUACAACACAGAGAACUCUCAGCUGGCAAUCACAACCAAACACAAAACAGCAACACCAUGGAAGAACCAGCAUUGAAAAAUGAAGAUGUUUUAGGCAGUGACAAGUUUGUAAGUCACAAUGAGGGAAAUUCCCUUUUUAAUUUUCUCAAAACAUUUCCUAGAGGAGCUGAGGAUACUUCUGAAGAGGACAGCCCACCGUUACACAUUAAACUGCUGGCCUGUAAUGACAAAUUAUUAUACCUCUCCAACAACAACUUAAAGGAUAGCUCAGAAAAGCUGAGUAGCACUUUUCACAGUUCCCCAAAACCAGCUUUACGUUUUCCUGCUGAAACAGACCCGCUAAGUGAGCACAGUGAAUUUACGGACUGGGAUGAUAACUUCUUGGACUCUGGCAUUAAAAAGAAAUCUGUACCCAGAAAAUGCAGUGAUGAGAAACUCUCUAAAAGUAAUAACAAAGUUGUGUCAUUUAGAGUGAGGAGAAGUCUACCUAGAAUGUCCACAUUUUCAUCCACUACACAGGAUUCAGAUCAACAAGAUAUGAUUGAGGAGCCAGUGGAAAUGCAGCAACUGGGGACAAAUGAGGACUGUACUUUUGAAAUUCUGCCACUGGAAAUGGCUGCCUACCCAACAAAUUCAAAUUCUUUAGAGACAGAUGAGGAUGAUGACUUGAUGGCGUGGUGGAAAACUGUUGAGGGUUGGAGUGAAUGGAAUGAAACCGCUCAUUUUCAGGAGGAUGACGAGGAGCUGGCUGUCGAGGCUGCUGCAGACCGCGUGUUCAUGGCCGCUCGUCUCUUUGUCAGUCUGUUCAACCAGCGCGGAGCAUCUCUGCAGUGUCGCCUUUUAGAGUUGCUCGCUCUGGCAGACACUGCUGACAGCUUUCAUAAGAAGACCGUGAGUGCAGCUGUUGGAGGGGGCGUAGCUAGUGUGGCAGGAGGCAUAGCCACCAUUACCGGCCUCAUCCUCGCACCCUUCACCUUUGGCACGUCCACUAUCGUCACUGCGGUGGGCAUCAGUGUGGCAACAGCUGGAAGCAUCACCUCAGCCACAGCUAACAUUACCGAUGCGGUUCAAUCCAAAAUGGAUCGCAAGAAGGUGGAGAAGAUGAUCCAAGGCUACCAGAAUGAGAUCAGUGACAUCAAAGAUUGUCUAGAGUUUAUGCAGGAAGGAAUGAACACCCUGCAGGAAUGGAAUUUUAAAGAGUACUCUGAGAGCGUGGUCAACACGAGUCUUAGCCGUAACUUAAAGCAUGUUAUGAAAGAAGGUGGACGAGCAGGUAAAGCCCUUAUGAUAAACACAGAUAGGCUUAUCAGCACUGUGAAAGUUCUAGGUGUUGCUGGGGGUGCUGCCAAAGCCGCCAAGGCCGUCAGUAUCACCACGGGGGUCAUGUCCACUCUUUUCCUUGCCCUGGAUGUCUUCUUUCUGGCCAAAGACUCCAAUGAACUACGCAAAGGUGCCAAGACCAAAUUUGCCUCCAAGCUCAGAGAAGUCUGCAAAGAGCUUCAACAUGGCCUACUGGAACUAAACAAAGUGAAGACUCAGCUUCAAAAAACUAUGGAUGGAAUUGAAGUAGAGGAAUAUGAGGAAGAGGAGGAGGAUGAAGACCAUUGUGAGUCAGAUCCUGUUAAACUGGCUCUGCUUGAGCAAGAAAUCGAUCAGCUGGAGGAGGAACUUGACCAGAAAACAAUGCAGCAGCAAAUGAACCGAAGCAAGGGAGGGGAUGCUGAGAAGGAGAUUCAAAAAAGGAAUAAAAUAAGGAGUCAAAAAGACGAGUGAAUGAUAUAGGGUCUUAUCAGUGCGCUGACAUAUGGAAAUAACAAAAGCAAUACAUUUAAAGAUUUGAAAGGAAAAAUGGUAGGUGGGAAUAAAUAAGAAUAGGUAUAAAGCAGUUGACUUGAAAGCACCUGGAAGGAUUUAGAAUAUAGAAAACAAGAAGACUGUACACAGAUGUUAAGGGGCUGAAACAGAUUAUAAGAGGAAUCGAUCAUUUCUGGAUUAAACAGACAGAAAGAAAAGAAGCUUAUAAAUACUUGUGUGUUAUUCAGGAAAAUCUAAAUGACAGAUGAUACAGUAAGAAGUAAGGGAAAAACAAUUUGAUUUUAAUUUCUUUAUAAAUACCAGUGGAUUAAAAGCCGUUCAAAAUUCAUGCUGAGGUUAAGGCAAUAGGUUUCAUCUUUUAAUUCUAUAUAAAUCAAACUCUGCAUCGGAAACAUUUUGCCACUCAACAUGCAUCUUUUAUUUCCUAUAUGCUACACAUUCCGCUCAUGUAGAUUAAUUAAUUAAAUAUGAUAUCCACCACCAUGUAUGCAGACAAAAAAAUCCAAAUGAUUUUUUAGGGUUGUGGGUUUGUGGGUUUAUAACAAACCACUAAACUUUGAUAUUUAAUGCGUAUCAAAGUUCUCUCCGGUAAACAAUGUAAAUAAAUUAAUUCAAUGGAAUGUUAAUGAAAAAGCAGACCACUGUGAAUAAGUCAAGGGCUUUAGCAUAAGGAUUGAGUUUGGCUUUACAUUAAUAAAAUUGUUCUUGUGGAGAAAAAAACCCCAAGGAAUCCACCUUAAACCAGUACUGACAUAGUGCAAUAAUUAUCAGUUGUGGGUUAAAAAGGCAUUCAGUAGAUUUAGAUUUAUUUUCUUGAGUGCUGGAACUUUAAAUGAGCAAUUGUUUCUGACCUAAUGGGUAGUUUUGGGGUAUGUGCUGAUGACACAUGUUUUUAUUAUAACCAAUAUUUUUCCUCUGUGACCACGCAAAAACAGCAAAUAUAUAUGAGCUUUAUGUAUCCAA